AUGUACUCCGCCGGCGUGGAGAUCCUCGGCAUGAUCCUGGCGGUGGCCGGGUGGCUGGGGGUGAUGGUGGCCUGCGGCCUGCCCAUGUGGCGCGUGGCCGCCUUCAUCGGUCAGAACAUCGUCAUCUCCCAGGUGAUCUGGGAGGGCUUGUGGAUGAACUGCUCGGUGCAGAGCACGGGUCAGAUGCACUGCCGGGUGCACGACUCCAUGCUGGGGCUGCCGGACGACCUGCAGGCGGCCCGCGCCCUGGUCAUCGUCUCCAUGGUGAUGUGCAUCCUGGGCAUCGGCCUGGCGGUGGCCGGGGCCAAGUGCACCAACUGCAGCCGGGACGUUAGCAGCAAGCCCAAGCUGGUGGUGUCGGCCGGAGGAACCUUCGUGCUGGCCGGGCUGCUGCUGCUGGUCGCCGUGUCCUGGACGGCGCACGCCAUCGUGCUGGGCUUCUACGACCCGAUGCUGGAGGAGACGGGCAAGAGGGAGUUCGACAUGCCUUCAGUGGGACUGGAGAUCCUCGGCGUGGCGUUCGGCGUGCUGGGAUGGAUCUCGGCCGUCAUGUCCUGCGCCCUGCCCAUGUGGCGCGUGACCGCCUUCAUCGGCGUGAACAUCGUCACGGCGCAGGUCACCUGGGAGGGCAUCUGGAUGAACUGCGUGGUCCAGAGCACCGGGCAGAUGCAGUGUAAAAUCCACGACUCCAUGUUGGCGCUGAGCGGCGACCUCCAGGCGGCGCGGGCCCUCACCAUCGUCUCCAUCCUGCUGGGCGUGCUGGGCGUCAUGGUGGCCAUCAUGGGGGCCAAGUGCACCAACUGCGUGGACGAGGAGGCGGCCAAGGCCCGGGUGAUGAUAGCCGCCGGCGUGGCGUUCAUCCUGGCCUCCCUGACCCAGCUCAUCCCGGUGUCCUGGUCCGCCAACACCAUCAUCAUGGAGUUCUACAACCCCAUCAUCCCCGAGGCGCAGAAGAGGGAGAUCGGCGCCGCUCUGUACCUGGGCUGGGCCGCCGCCGCCUUCCUGCUCAUCGGGGGCGGCGUCCUCUGCUCCAGUUGCCCCACGCAACCGGAGAAAAGGUACGGGCCGCCGUCCAAGAUGAUCUACUCGCAAACCAGGUCGGUCGCCCCCCCCAGUGACUACACCCGGAGAGACUAUGUGUGAACCUCUUGUGUUUGGACUCUUCACCAUCACGUGAGAGAAACGGCGUUUGAAUUGAAACACGGAUCUGAACUCGUCGGGUUGAGACGGAGACGAAGCUGCUGGAGGAGUGAAGCUACGACUUUAUAUGAGUGAUGUGAUGUUAAUCUUUAUUUUAUACUUAUAUUAAACUAUUCGUGAGAUUUGUUUCCUGCAUUUAGAGAACAAACUGCGGUCGUACUAUUUUUUAAAUGUUUUAACUGUGUUUCAUGAAAAAGCUUCAGAGUUAUUUGUGUGAUGUGAACUCAACACAAUCUGCAGGUGAUCUGUUGCAUGUUCGUCAUGGAUCCUGAUGACUUGGAUGCUUUUUGUUCUUGUGAAAAUGCUUUGCUUCCAAGAAAAUGUUUGUCUCCUCUCUCCCUUGUGUUUUUUGAUAGUUUUGUCAUCUGGGUCUUGAAACACAAAAGAAAUCUAUAUACAGUUGGGUUCUUUUUUUGUCCCACAAAGUCCAUAAGUUAAAGUGAAGAAGCAUCUUUGUCCAAAUCUCCUCAUCUGCAUCGUUGACGUGUUUUUUCAUUAAAGUUCUUGAUUUUGA